AUGCAUAUGUCAUAUUCGCUUGCUAUUGCAGGCUUUUUCCUUUCAAGCGCACUUGCCAAGGACCAAUGUAGAUGCACUAUUGACGACUCCUGUUGGCCAUCGACCCAAACCUGGACCGCUCUGAAUUCUACCAUCGACGGCCACCUGAUUCGCUAUGUACCUCCAGCAGCUGUUUGCUACAAGUCUCAUCCCCGGUACGACGCCGAGGCUUGCGAUUCCGUCAUCAAUCAGUGGCCAGAAUCAACAUUUCACUCCAGCGAUCCUGCGAGCCUUCACAGCGAGUGGUCUAAUGCUGGUUGUAUUCCGGUCUACGAGAACGGAACUAGUAUCUACGGCGACCCCGAGGCGGGCGAGCGAGGUUGCUCAAAUGACGUGCUUCCUGCUUAUGUCGUGAACGCUACUACCACGGAUCAUGUUGCAGCAGCUCUGAAGUUCGCUGCGGUGAACAACAUCAGAUUGGUUAUCAAGAACACAGGACAUGCUGGCGACGGAAGGAACUUGGGGGCAAGCAGUCUGUCGAUCUGGACUCACAACUUGAAGGGCAUUGAAUUGAUUGAGAACUUCAACUCUACCUGUCCCAACUCGAAGGACGCCCCAAGCCCGCGCAUGGCCGCCACUGUUGGCGCUGGCGUUCAGGAUGGGGAAAUGGUCAAAGCCUUGGCUGCCAAGAAUGCUCUGGCGGUCAGUGGUACCAGUAACGACGUUGGAGUCGCCGGUUGGUCUACUGGAGGUGGUCACGGAUUCGCUACGGGCCACUAUGGACAAGGCGCAGACAACAUCCUUGAGGCAGAGAUUGUCACUCCAUCUGGCAAAGUCGUGAUUGCAAACGAAUGUCAAAAUGAGGAUCUCUACUGGGCUAUCCGUGGCGGUGGUGGUGGCACCUUUGGUGUCAUCACAAAACUUACCGUCAAGGCUUAUCCUGCACCGCGAAUGGUCAUGGUAGGAUUCGAUAUCAGUAUUGAGAAUCGCACCUCGGAAGACGAGUGGUACAAGUUCAUCGCAGAUGCCCAUACUCUGUUCCCCGCCAUGCAGGAUGCAGGUAUUCACGGUUAUUACACGGUUGAAGGACCUCCGACAGCCAAAGCUCUCACCUUCAGCGGCUCACUUAUGAUGUUUGAAGCAUCCAACAAAACCUACGAAGAUGCCAUCAGGCCAUUUGCGACGCUGUUACAAUCUUCCAACGCAACAGUCACCUCGUCCUUGUAUAGGAUUCCUGUAAACAACUGGCAAGAGUUGCUUAAAGUUUUGCCUGAUAUUGGAUCUGUUAGCGCAGGCCACAGUAUUAGAACAUCCCGCCUCAUUUCACGACGCACCGUCGUAGAAAAGACCGACGACUUCGCCGCCGUGUACAAGAAAAUUGGACCUACCAAGAAGGCACCAGCGAACGGGCUGCCAAAUCUAUCAAUUUCUGGUACUCUCACAAUCAGCACCAAAUCUGUCGAUAAUUCUCUUCAUCCUUCCUGGCGUAACGCAACCGUCCAUCUCAUCACCGGUCAAGCUUGGACGGACUCAACGAACGAAACUGAGAUCCGAAGCAUGAUCCACGACAUGACAUACCGCAAGCUUGAAUCGUUAAGAGAUCUCGACCCUGUUCAAGGUGCUUACCUAAACGAAGCAAGCUCGAUCGAACCAGACUGGCAGUCGUCAUUUUGGGGACCAAACUACGCUCGUCUUCGCGAAAUCAAGGAAAAGCAUGAUCCUGAUGGUCUUUUGUGGUGCCCUCGGUGUGUUGGAAGUGAGGAUUGGGUGCAGCGACAAGAUGGUAAGCUUUGCCGAGCAUUCGCCCCGUGGUAA